AUGGCUAAUCGGGGUCGAGGUCAUAGGGGUGGUUGUCGUAGGGCUUAUGUCCCGAAUUUGGGUGAUCAUGAUAGGGGUAUUGGGAUUCUGUAUCCAAGAGAUGAGAUGGCCAAGAUGAGACGACAAAUUGUCGUGUUAACCGAGAUGGUGCAACGUCUCCUACCUCCUACCAAGGGUAGUGAUGGUUUCGAUGAAAUCAAAGGUGGUACUCAUCAUUCUUUUGAUAAUAUCUUCUGGGCCCCACGACGGCAUCGAACGGAUGUGGGUAGGAUGGAACACAAAUGGGAGAACAAUAUCAAGAUUGAACUUCCCGAAUUUCAUGGAAGCCUCAAUCCCGAUGAGUUCAUUGAUUGGCUCAACACUAUUGAGCGGAUCUUUGACUAUGGAGAGGUCUUUGUUGAAAAAAAAGUUAAGCUUGUGGCUAUUUGGUUGAAGGGGAGAGCUUCCGCUUGGUGGGAACAACUUCAACUCAACCGUCGCCGAUGUGGAAAGGAGAAAAUCCAUGAUUGUGAGAAAAUGAAAAAGAAGUUAAAGGGCCAUUUUCUACCAUUUAACUACCUCCAAAGUGUUUAUCAACGUCUUCACGUUCUCAAGCAAGAUGGUAGUGUGAAUGAAUACACGAAAGCCUUUUAUCAACUCAUUGCACGGCCGUGGAGAAGCAACAAAGCCGCCGUGCUUCCCAAAUGGGACAAUACUCCCAAGGAGGGUUUUGAGGUGGUUUUAGGUCCUUCCACUCCUAGCUUCGCCAAAGAUAAUCCUCCUUCCAAGUUUGUGGAUAAGGGUGCUUCCUCCUCUCAAGCUCCUCGUUCUAAUGGUGCUUUCGGAAACCACAAUACACCACAAGGUGGAACAUUUAAAUGCUUUAGGUGUGGUGAACCGGGGCAUAGAUCUUCUGAUUGUCGCAAGAACAUGGGCAAUAACCGGAACAAGACACUUCUCAUUGAAGAAGUUGAGGAGCAUGGUGACUUUGAAAAUGCUCCAAUCUUUGAUCGUUUGGGUAAUGUGGCAAUUGGUGGAGAUAGUGAUGAAGAAAAGGGUCUUGCUCUUAUGUUGAAGAAGACUUUUCUCUCACCAAAACUAGAGAGCCAAGAAGAUUGGUUGCAUACCAAUAUAUUUUAUUCCACUUGCAACAUUGCUGGCCGUGUUUGUAACAUGAUCAUUGAUAGUGGAAGUUGUGAGAACAUAGUUCUCAAGAAGUGGUGGACAAACUUAAUCUUCCGGUGGAGGAACAUCCCUAUCCUAAUUCUCCAUAGGUUACCAAAUGGAAAAGGUUACUUCCAAGGAUAUUUCAAGUCAUUUCCUAGUGCCACUACGUUGCUUGCUUCCAAGGAGUUUGUGGAAGAAACCCAGGAUUUUGGGAUUGUAUUGGUGUUGGUUCCAGUUGUACACACGAGUGCUUCUAAAGAAAAGGUUGAGGUGGCCACUCUUUUGGAAGAGUAUUCUGAUGUCUUUCCCCAAGAGCUUCCUCCUGAUUUGCCUCUUAUGCGUGACAUUCAACAUCGUAUUGAUUUGGUUCCCAGGUCAGCGCUUCCAAACAAAUCGGCUUAUCGCAUGUCUCCAAAGGAGAAAGAGGAGUUGCAACGGCAAGUAGAAAAGCUUUUGGCUAAAGGAUAUAUCUGGCCUAGCCAUAGCCCUUGUGGUGUUCUGGUGCUUUUGACACCUAAGAAAGAUGGCUCUUGGCGUAUGUGUGUGGAUAGCCGUGCAAUCAGCAAGAUUACAAUCAAGUACCGCUUUCCAAUUCCAAGAUUGGAUGAUAUGUUGGAUUGCCUUGUCGGAUCAAAGGCGAUUUAUCCCAACUUUAGUAGCAUCGCCGCCCCUUUGACGAACAUUCUCAAGCUUCAAGCUUUUGAGUGGAGCAAGGAAGCCGCCGAUAGCUUCCCUCUUUUGAAGAAAUUGCUUACCGAGGCUCCAAUUUUGGCAUUACCGGAUUUUGACAAGACCUUUGAACUUGAUUGUGAUGCAUCGGGAUUGGGUAUUGGAGGCAUCCUUAGCCAAGAAGGGCGGUCCAUUGCUUUCUUUAGUGAAAAGUUGAAUGGGGCAAAGCUCAAGUAUUCCACUUAUGACUUGGAAUUUUAUGCCAUUAUCCAAGCCAUCAAGCAUUGGAGCUACUAUCUUGCAUACAAAGAGUUUGUGCUCAACACCGAUCAUGAAGCUCUCAAAUACAUCAUUAGUCAAUCCCAUCUUAACAAGCGCCAUGGAAAAUGGGUAGCCUACUUGCAACAAUUCACAUUCUCUUUGCGCCACAAAUUGGGGGUUCUUAAUAAGGUAUGGUUGAGUAGGCGAACGACUCUCUUGAUUGAAAUGAAAAAUGACGUUGUGGGUUUUGAUGAAUUUCGCACAUUCUAUGCAAGUGAUCCUUACUUUUCCAAGAUCUUUGAUGCGUUGCAAAUGGAGGAUAGGAUGGCUUAUCCAAGUUACAUGAUAAGGGAUGGAUUCCUCUUCCAUGGCCUUAAGUUGUGUUCCUAG